AUGCUACUUGCAAUGCUCGGUCACUGGGUUGUAGUCGGUUCUCCCAUUUACGCCAGCAUGGAGAAGGGACAGACAAUCGCAUAUAUUUCCGAUGUUGGAGCGCAAAGUUUGAAGCCACUUUUUAUUGCCGGCAGCGUGGUCACGGUGGUGUUUUUGGAUCUCUCGUUCAUCGCCGAGCGAUGGUUACGCCAUGCAGGCCAAUUAGUGCCGAACAAGGGUAUUUUCGACAAGGCUUGCGCAAUUGGGUCGAUUUUCUUCGCGGUGGCCGGGGCCCUGGGACUCAUUUUGCUCUCUAUCUUUGACACACUUCGCCAUUCCAAUCUACAUUCCGGAUUCCUAGUUAUGUUCCUGGUCGGCUAUCUGAUCAGUGCCAUCCUUAUCUGUGCCGAAUAUCUACGUCUCGGGAUUUUCUACCGCUCACAACAUCGGGUCUUGUUAGCCAGUUUCGUCAUCAAGGCAUGCUUCGUGGUAGUUGAAAUCGCUCUGGCCAUUGCCUUUGGUGUUCUUCCAAGCAGAGGCCACAGAAAUGCGGCGGCAGUCAUAGAAUGGGGUAAAGAAUAUAGUCAUGUUCCUUGUGUUGCGUUUCCGACUAACUAUGGCUCUGUAGUGAUCGCUCUUAUAUUUACUUUCUAUGUUCUUUCCUUCGCCAUAGAUUUGUUGCCGUCAGUGCGAACCCGUCGUCGCGUUCCCCAAGGUGAGAAGCGGGUCACUAUGGCAAUGAAUGAGCCUGAGGUCGAAGUUACUCACGAAGAACCGCUAACGAUGGAUUCCGCGGGGCCCAUUGCCGAUGAUGUCAACUAUUAUCGGGGACAGCGCAUGUAA